AUGUGCGCACCACCCAUCGCAAGGCGCCCAAAAGCGACAAUGUUUACCUUUCAGCUCUUGGUGAAGCUUUAUCGCUUCCUUGCCCGGCGCACCGACUCAAACUUCAACAAAGUUGUUUUGCGACGUCUCUUCAUGUCCCGUAUCAAUCGUCCCCCAAUGUCACUUUCUCGUGUGGUUGCCAUUGUAAAGAAGGACAACUCCGAAGAUUCAAUUAGCAAGAAGACCAUCGUUGUGGUUGGAACCAUCACCGAUGACGAGCGUCUACUUACCGUUCCAAAAAUGUCCAUUGCUGCACUCCGAGUUACCGCCACUGCGAGAGCUAGAAUUGAAAAGGCUGGUGGUGAAAUUUUGACAUUGGAUCAACUUGCUCUUCGCGCUCCCACUGGGGCAAACACCAUUCUUCUACGAGGAAAGAAGAAUGCUAGAGAGGCAGUCAAGCACUUCGGAUUUGGUCCCCACAGUGGAAAGAAACCGAAAGUUGCAAGCAAGGGCCGAAAGUUUGAGAGAGCUAGAGGACGGAGAAGGUCGCGUGGCUUCAAGGUUUAA